UUAGAGGCUGGAAUCAUAAUCUGUAGUAAUGACUCAGCAAGUUUGAGGAGAGGAAACUCAACACUGUAAAACCUAAUAGGUAUUGAUCUGAUCCGUCUUUGGUUUAUAAAUUUGAGGUUCAGAGUCAGGAGGAAAAACUGAGUUUGUUGUAGAAGAAUAAUGUUUCAGAAGCUGUGUAAAUGACUGACAAAUAAGAAAGAUAUAAUUUGUGUUCUUGUUUCUGUUCACGUAUAUGUAGCUUGCUGAAAAAAAUAAUUUCAUUAAGAUAAUAAUCAAAUUGAUAUUAUUGACAAUGACCUGGAAAAAAAUCAUUGUAACUGGUGAAAAAUAUGCUCUUAUUUUGACAGGCCGUGCUCAUUUCCUCUCCUUCAAAAGUCUUGUGGUGGCAGAGCGAGGGCAAAACACAUCGGUACCACUUGACAUGUCCAAAAAUUUUAAUAACAAAUCUUCAUUAAUUUUCAAUGAUGAUCCCCAAUUGAUCAACAGAAAACUUUCUAUAAUUUUAUUUUACACAUUAUUAAAUUGUUGUUUUCAUUCUAUUUCUAACCAAGAUAUUUAAACCUAUUAUUCCACCAUAUAAAAAUAAUAUUGUAGGUGAAGAAGAUGGGAGAUUAUUACUCACAUCAUGUCAUGAACAGAACUUGGAGGACCCGUGAUGACACCAAACACAGUAAGACGUUUUUAACAGUCUUUACUAGCCAGAAGCUAAUAGGAGGCGUUCCUGGAGAAAACUCAGGUAAGGGCAGAGUCAAAGGCAGGCGUGGGUUGAAACCAGAUCGAAACUAAGCAAGUACAGGGAGCAGGCUGGAGACGUGGUCGUAGACAGGCUUGGGUUGUGGUGGCAGGCAGAGUUCUUGGUGAUGGUCAGACGUGAAAACGAGGUCAAGGGACUGUGAUCAGGCAGGAAGGAAGGCUGGAAUAUUUACUGGCAAAAGUGUUAAAUAAUCAGGCGCUCGCUUGGUGUUAGAUCAGGAGUCUUAUAGGGAGCAAUGCAGGUGGAGCUGAUGAGAGACAGGUGGUUUGGAUGAUGUUGAUGGUGAGUUGACUGUGGUUGCUGGGGAAACUGGGCUUGGCUGGAGCGGUGGCAUGAGGGGACCAGGUAUGAUGCAUGAAGGCUGAUGAGAUGAAUGAUGGUGCAUGGAGGUCAGGGCAUGGCAGGAUCAUGACAGGAUGGAUCCUUGGGGGCCGGCGACGAUGAACCAGGGACCACGAGACUCUGGGAGGCCGGCGUUGACGAGGACGAAGCCGGAGGGCCCUGGGAGGCUGGCGUCAGCGGGCGAGGACAGGGGCGGAGGUGCAGACUUGAGUGGAGGCGCGGGAGGCUGGAGGCGCAAACAUUGCUGGAGGUGGGUCCGCCGUCUGGACUGGAGGCAGAGCUGAUGCAGGAGGGGACGUGACCUGACUUGAGGCGCCGGACUUGGCACUGACUUGGCUGGAGGCACCGGACCUGGCACUGGCUUGACUGGAGGCGCCGGACUUGGCGCUGACUUGACUGGAGGUGCCGGACCUGGCGCUGGCUUGGCUGACUUGACUGGAGGCGCCGGACCUGGCGCUGGCUUGGCUGACUUGACUGGAGGCGCCGGACCUGGCGCUGGUUUGGCUGGAGGCGGCUUGGCUGGCUUGACUGGAGGGGGUGCUGGCUUACCUGGAGGCGCCGGAGGUGGUGCUGGCUUGGCUGGAGGAGAUGGGGACGCUGGAGGCAAAGUCUCUGGAGAAGACGGGGACACUGGCGGAGCCACUUAGAUGGGCGGAGCCUCUUGGACGAGCGGAGCCCCUUGGACGGGCAGCGCCGGGACCACCACUGGAACUGGAUGGGGUGCACCCUCAGGGACCACUGCGUGACCUGUAUGCGGUGCGACCCCUAGGACCACCGCUGGACCUGGAUGCGGUGCGACCCCUGGGACCACCGCUGGACGUGGAUGUGGUGCGACCCCUGGGACCACCGCUGGACCUGGACACGGUGCAACCCCUGGGACCACCGCUGGACUUGGAUGCGGUGCGACCCCUGGGACCACCGCAUCCACUCCAGCCAAGCCAGCGCCGGACCUGGCUCUGGCUUGGCUGGCUUGACUGGAGGUGCCGGAGGUGGUGUUGGCUUGACUGGAGGCGCUGGAGGUGGUGUUGGCUUGACUGGAGGCGCCAGAGGUGAUGCUGGCUUGGCUGGAGGCACCGGAGGUGGCGCUGGCUUGGCUGGAGGCGCUGGCUUGGCUGGAGGCGCCGGAGGUGGUGCUGGCUUGGCUGGAGGCACCGGAGGUGGCGCUGGCUUGGCUGGAGGAGACGGGGACGCUGGAGGCAAAGUCUCUGGAGAAGAGCCUCUUGGACAAGCGGAGCCCCUUGCACGGGCAGCACUAGAACCACCACUGGACCUGGAUGUGGUGCGACCCCUGGGACCACCGCUGGACGUGAAUGCGGUGCGACCCCUUGGACCACCGCUGGAAGUGGAUGCGGUGCGACCCCUUGUACCACUGCUGGACGUGAAUGCGGUGCGACCCCUUGGACCACCGCUGGAAGGGGAUGCGGUGCGACACCUGGGACCACCACUGGACAUGGCAUGGCAAUAGGGUCUUGAGACCUGAGCAGCGUUGAUGCAAAACCUUGGAUCUGGGGGCUGGUCACCUGACGAGCUGGUUCGCAGUAGAUCCAGGAGUUCGGUCACCCUGGUCUCAAAAACGGAGAUGGCGCGGUCUACUCUGAGUCGCCCUUCCUGUGUCAGCGUCGAGUCCAUGUUGUGGCCAGAUUAUUCUGUCAUGAACAGAACUCGGAGGACCUGUGAAGAUACUAAACAGUAAGACAUUUUUAACAGUCUUUAUUAGCCAGAAGCUAAUAGGAGGUAUUACCGGAGAAAACUCAGGUAAGGGCAGAGUCAAAGGCAGGCGUGGGUCGAAACCAGGGCUGGGCGAUAUGGCAAAAAUAGAAUAUCACGAUUUUUCCAAUAUUUUAUCACGAUUUCGAUUUUAUCACGAUUUUUUUAUCCAUGAAUAGCAUAACUUCAAUUGCGUAUUAAAGAAGAGAAACAUUGAAUAAAUAGACAUUUAUUCAUAUUAGGGAUAAUCAGCACAGUGCUAACACACUUAUAUUUUAAACUCACACCAGAGAUGAUAAAAGCCCUGAGAGAAACAAUUACAAAAAUCAGUUUUUCUCGUUUUUCAAGUAACUUAACAUCAAUUAAAAUCGUAAACAUAUUUAAAGUGCAAACAUGUCAAUUGCAAACGUAUUGUGCAAACAUUAACUUGUUCAAAAUACUAUGUAGCUCCCAGUUGCUCAUGUAGUGGAUAGUUAAGCUCAAAUACGGCUCUGAUGUGCGGCUGGACCAGAGAUCGCUUGUGGUAGCAAAUAACUGCGCAUUCUGAAUAUUUUCUGCAAUAAGUCUCUAAAUAAAGUAAAAUUUUCCAGUGCAGAUUGGAGACAACCCAUAGAAGCACUGAUUUGAUCUCAUUUCAGAGAAAAAUAGAACAGGUUAGAUGCACCUAAUAAAUAAAAUUACUAACAAACUCAGGAAUCUUUCUUUGCUUCACUGUUCUGGUGCUGAAAAUAUCACUAAUGCGGAUCAAAGGAGAUACACAGAUGAAUGCACCUCUUAUUAUUUGGAGACUACAUUUACUGCAGCUGGCAGAGGCAGAGAUUUUUUCUAUUGAUACACGGAAUUUACAGAAUCAUUUUAAAUGUUAAUAGGGGAAGACUGCAGGAGGGAGCGGUAAAAUACAGAGGUCCCUAACAAAAACAAGAAACUUUACGAGUCUGAUGAAACCCGCUGGUUUUCCAUCAGGCAGUCACGGGGCAGCUCCAUCGACCCAGUGACCGAGCUCAGUCGGUACCGACACCGGCUCGGCAGAGGGUGAACGAGCCGAGGCGACAUCGUGCUCUGCUUAAGAAGCGGUGUUAUUUUCCUGCUUCAGAAGAAGCGUCCAACGUGUUUUUACGCUUUCUCCGAGACAUGUCACGUCACUAAGUUGUUAUCGCCGCGCGCUAAGGAAACCCUGCGUUCCUCUUCGGAACGAAAACCUCGUCGCUCAGCCGCGGCGAAGCCAUGUUUGUUCACACACAGGUGAAGGUGAAAACAAGCGGGGCACUAAUAUAUUACUAUGACUCACUCUGAUUGGUUAAGGGUCAAACAAAGGCGUGUCAUUCGCCUGAGGUAAGUUCCCUUUUCAUUCAGAGGCAGAAAUUCAACAGCAGAGCUGUGAAUCGUGAUAAAACGGUCUCUCAAAAAUGACAGACCGUCAGAUGUGUAGAUCGUAAAACGGUCUAAAAUCGUCAUAUCGCCCAGCCCUAGUCGAAACCAGAUCGAAACUAAGCAGGUACAGGGAGCAGGCUGGAGACAUGGUCGUAGACAAUGCUAGGGUUGUGGUGGCAGGCAGAGUUCUUGGUGAUGGUCAGGCGUAGAAACGAGGUCAAGGGACUGUGAUCAGGCAGGAAGGAAAGCAGGAAUAUUUACUGGCAAAAUUGUUCAAUAAUCUGGCGCUCGCUUGGUGUAGGACCAGGAGUCUUACGCCGGGAACACACCGGCUGCUGAAGCGCCGCGAAACGAGGACCGCCUUCAUUCGGUGCCCUUGUUAUCUUAUUCUAUAGACAACAUGGGCCGCCGAAGCGCCACACGCCGGCAUGCGCCGGCGUUCCAGCUCGCGCCUUGCAGUGAUUGUUUUGGCGUCUGCUCUAUUUUUUUCGCGAGCCGCGGGUGAACCUCGUCAAUUCUGGCAGGAAGUCAAACCUAGACAUUAGAGGCAGGCCGGUAAAUUUAACAAAUUAAAGCAUUUCAAAAUACAAUUCCGCGUUAGUCAAAUGUGUUCGUAAACAGACACUGCAUAAAAACAACACACACGCACACACAAGUUCGCUCUGUGUGUGUGUGUGACCACGUGAAGGGGGUGUGGUUUUGGGUGUCUUUCAACCGGAGCAAACAGGACAGAGGCAGAAAAUCGUAGGGCAGCUAUUAACAACUGGUUCACUCCAUAGGUUCACACACACGUACAAACACACAUACAAACAGCAAGGGGGGGGGGGGGGGUGUAGAGGAAAAGAGCAGAGAAAAGGCAGAGAGGAAAUGGAGGACACCAAGUGGUUAAAAGAAAAACUACGAGGUGCACCUCGACCGGAGAGGAGAAACAAGCAUCUGGUCUGAACUGAGGAGCAGCAGCCGAAUUCUGUGAGCGCUUCGCCUCCCGGCGCUUCGGCGGCCGGUGUGUUCCCGGCGUUAUAGGGAGCAAUGCAGGUGGAGCAGAUGAGGAGUUAAUGAGAGACAGGUGGUUUGGAUGAUGUUGAUGGUGAGUUGACUGUGGUUGCUGGGGAACCUGGGCUUGGCUGGAGCGGUGGUAUGAGGGGACCAGGUGUGAUGCAUGAAGGUCAGGGCAUGGCAAGAUCAUGACACAUCAGUGCAAUUUACAUCUAAAAAUGAAGACUAAAAGAAAAAUGUUCCAUAAUUGUACCUUCAAAUCAUCGGCUAAAACGUCCAGCUAGCUUUAAGUCCAUGUGAAUUAGACUGCAUUUAACUCAUUGCGGAGCUUUUUUCUGCUCUUUUUGGAAGCUCUUUGGAGUUACAGAAUAAAACAAAGAUUUCAAAUAUUUGUGACACAAAUUCUAGAAACAUGUUCACAUAUUAGAAAACCUAAAUGCAAAAAAUAAAUACGGCUACAAGUAACACGGUGCGCUCUACACAUACAAUACGAUUAGAUCCUGCUCAGUGUUGUGAGUAACCUGAUAGCAGCUGAAGUGAAUCUGCUUCAGAGGGGAUUACAUUACUCCUAACAGGUCGUAAAGUAUCCAGAUGUUGGCCAAGGUUUCAGCAUAACACUUAGUUAGAGGCUGUAGAUGCUGUUCGGUCUUGAAGCUGAUUUUAUUAUUGGAUCUUCAGUCGGAUAGUGAAGUGUGAGGCAGAGCCUUCAGCCAACAUGUCCCCGAGUGUGCUGCCCACUUGUCUCUAAAUAUAAAUCCACACACCAAGAAAUAACCUGCCUCUGUAUCUGAAGGGGCUUGAUGCGUCCUGGAGUCUUAAGAGCUGUUGCAAUCGGGAUGAACCUUCAGAAGGAAGAAUGUAUCAGUUAUUGCACAUCAGAUUUCUGCAGAAUGUUUCUGGUUCUGCACAAGAAAUAUAUACCAGGUUAGCUGCAGUUGGCAGUAAGUCAUGAUUGGACACUCUGCUCCGUAAGUGAAAAACUGUGACUUCUGUGAAAGCAUGCAUGCAAGAUGUCUCCACACUCGCGCCAAGACUCAUCUUUGUUCAAUCCUUUUGUAACAAUCCCCAGGGAUUAGGAGUCUAUUAACUGCAGCAGGCAGCUGUUUGCAGAUCAACUGUUCCAGACUCUACGCUGUCUGAAUGCUAGCAGAGCUGCUCAGUGGCGUGCAUCAUGUUGGGAUCCUUCAAAAUCAAUUUUGUUUACAGCAAGUGAUCAAUCUAUGAAAGCACAUCAUGGCAAACACAUGCAGGGCCGUGCACGAGGAAUCACAGAAGUCAAAUCAAGCUGGUUUAAUCUACUGGGAUUUUCACCCACAACCAUCUUUACAGCUACUGGUCAGACUGGUUGUAGAUGAUAGAAAGACAACAGCUCAGACAGCACUGGUUCCUACCAAGGUCUGCAGAAGCAGCUGCUCCAGAUGGACUCCAGCAGCCAAAGACUACACCCAGAAAACUGGUCACAGUGGAUCUCCAGAACUGGACCAUAACAGACAGGAAAUGCCGGUUCUGGCCUGAUGAGUCUGGAUUUCAACUGCUACAUUCAUAUGGUCCAGUCAGACCGUGAUUCAAGAUAUUGGGAAGGUGAGAAGCAAUAAUGCUAAAGCUUUGCUAGCAGGGAAGUUCCUUCAAACUGCUGCUUGUCACCAAUGGUGAAACUUCAAUAACACUGAGCUGUCACUCACCAUAGGUCUUCUUAUCUCAGCUGCUUCUGCUCAUCAUGAUCGUCCAUUUAACCACGGUGAGCCAUCCAGAUGCUGGGACUGUGGAUCUUCUCCUGCCAGUAAACCGAGCUGAGCAGAAGACGUAUCCACUGCAUUCUUCACUGAUGGCUGAUCGCAGUGACUUUCAGACAAACUGGAGGGUAAAAUGAGUGAAGAAGGCUAAAGGGAUACUCUGGAUCUGCGUUAAGAUGACUUUAGUUUCUGGUGGCGACAUCCUACUGAGCAGUGAUUCCAGCUAUGAAAAGCUUUUUGCAUUUGGCCUCAUCAGUUCAGCGACUGAAGUGGUCUAGCCAAAUCACCGUUCUCCUGUUCUUUUGGAUCCUAGGAGAUCUCUGUUGGAGUUGACCCAGAAGACUGAUGGAGCAGACUUAAAUAAUGUCCAUGAAUUAGAAGCUUUAGUUAAUCUGAGUUAAUAUGUCGAGCAGAGGAACGGUAAAGGUAACAGACUCUCCCUAGUCUCACCUUCAAGAUGAACCCCCAGCAGAGUCCCAAUCGCCCUUCUCCCUCCCCUCUUGUAUCCUGGAUUCUUCCUUCCUGGGGAUUAAGCUCCGCCCCACAUGGUUCAGUUAGCCUGUUUAACCUUAACGCCCUCCAAUUGGGGGCCUCUAUGUCCUAAACAUCUACAACUGUCCACAUUCUCCAAACACAACCAAAACCACAACCAAACAGCCCAGAUGGGAAACAAGGACAUUUUAAAUUGAAAUAAAUUAGGAUACAAUGAUAUUUGAACUUUAUUUUAGAAGAGCAUCUGACCUUCACUGGUGUCUGCUGGAAAAAAAAACCUUGAACAAAGGUUAAGGACCCCUGGAAUAAAUAAAACAAUUGACUAAAUUUCCUAAAUGGAAUUUGAACUCACAACCUCCAUCCUGCCCUGUCAGCACUUUCACACAGGGCAGCUCUUCUAAAAUAAAGUUCCAGUAUUAUUUUAUCUUAAUGUAUCAAAAACCAAAAAUUGCUUUGUUUACAAUCUAAACUGUUUUGAUUGUAGCUGUGCUCGGGGAAUGCAAACAAUCACUGACACUUGGGACAUGAAACUCCAAAGGCCCCAAUUGGGAGGUGCCAGGGCCCAAAGAAAAAGGGCCUGGGGCCUAAAGGGUUAGAAAACAGUGUAAAAGGCCCAGACUGGAGUCAAGGUCCCAUUCUAACUGGCUCAGUUGGUUUUCUGUCAGGUGUUAGGGCUAGUCUAAAUGCAGACACUUUAUUUCAGCUCUGUUUCUUCAAGGCAGAACAGACUGUCCUAAGUUCAAGAGAGAAUCUAGAAGACCAAUGAAUGUGACACUGGUCAGCAAUCAAGGAGCUAAUGUUAUCUACCAGUAAAGAUGCCCAGAAUGGGCUAAGAUAAUCAAGGUGUCAGUCCUCAACAUUGGUUGCUUCAAAAUCAUCAGUUUCCUUUGAAUUCUGAUCAUAUAAGAAUCAGGUGCUACCCACCCAAAGGGUGAGAGUCGUUUUUUCAAGAGCUGCUUUUGUUUGUAUGUUUUUUGUUGCUCUUUGCUAAUGCAGAUGAACAUGUUUUUCUCUCCCU